AUGUGGACCAUCACCGUCCUCCUCCUGGCCCUCCUCUCGAUCCUCUCCCUCACCCAUGCCACCGCCAUCCCCAACCCAGCCGCCGACGCCAACCCUUCCUCCAUCGGCAUGAUCCUCAACAACAACUGCAACUUCGACGUCUGGGUCCGCCAAGGUGUCGCCGCAGAGCCUGGAUCGCGCAAGGGCCAAGGCGAGACCUGCGGUCCCAUGAGCGGCAAGGAUACACAAGAAGUCAAACUCGCUGCGGGACAGAAGUAUAUCACCACUGUUCCUGUUCUCAUGGAUAGCUGUGGACACUCUGUCAAGGUCGCUCGCAAGCCAGCGGAUUGGCAGACGUGCUAUCAGUACGAGUUCAACUGGGCCAAGGAGAAUCGCAAGAUCUGGUACAACCUCUCCUCUCUCAACGGAAACCCAUUCACCGACGUCGCCCGCCAGCUUGGCGGUCCCUACGGCUCUACCUGCCAGUACUUCCGCUGCCAGCCUGGUAAUGAUGGUAGCCAGUGCGACUACCCUCUCAUUGGCAACUGCGCUACCGUUGGUGAUCUUGUUGGCUAUCUCUGCUAG